CAAAGUCGCACAGGCACGCUGCUAUUUUGGCUGGAGACGGUCAAAUACAUGUGCAUCGCGUAGAGCAACCCGGUCGAUUUCAUAUCAGAACGAACGCAGCCUCGGCCUGCCAACAUGGCGGAAGGACACAAGCGCUCCAAAUCGGCCAGCGUCAAGAACCUGCUGGGGAGAGUAUCUUCGCGAAACGACGUCACGGACACUGAGGCACUUCCAGAGAGCUCAUCCGUCACUUCGUUCAAUUCGCAGCAGCCCUCUUCGGGCUCCUCGCACCCGCACACCCACCACGUCCACCUUGGGCACUCGCGAAGCACAUCCUCCAAGCACGGCCCACGCCUCUCCACCGGCAUGACCACGGUGAACACGCAGGACGCCAAUGCGAGCGGUCCCACCUCGCCCAGCUACGCGCCGUCCCCGCUGUCCCCGACCCCCAAGACGACAUCCAUCGAGCAGUCUGUGAAAUUGUUCCGCGUGUUCGAGUCACUCCGGAACGGCGAUACGGCCGCGAUAUCGAAGGCCAUCCGAGAACAGGCCAACGCCAACACGGUAGACAGCGACCAGAGCAGCACGUCGCUGACUCUUCCUAACCGUGCCGAGGGAACUACGAUACUGCACCUGGCCAUACAAUGCGCCGAGGUACCUGUCAUCGAAUUCGUGCUGUCGAAUGCCACGCCUGGGCCUGAUUCAGUCAUUGACAUCAACGGACGUGAUCGCGAUGGCAAUACGGCCCUGCACCUCGCAGCAACCCUGGGCCGCGCACCUGUUGUGCGCAUGCUGCUCGACAAGCCCGGCAUCAACGAUUCUAUAACCAACUACAACGGACAGACACCCUUGGACCUUGCCCGCACGCCCGAAAUAUUCCAGCAGUUGCAACUGGCUCGAUCCAUAUUCAUAGACACCAACGUGAAGAAGGUACAACAACUCCUAGCUGCCGGCGACAUGUCCUCUCUCGAGAAGUUGUUGCAAGACCCGCGGAUAAAGAGCACCCUCGACGUAAACGGCGGGGAGCUCGUGACUGAUCCCGUUGUCGUCGAGGCUGGAGGUACUCUUCUGCACGAGGCCGCCAAGAAGAAGGAUGUGAAAUUGGCACAACUGCUCCUCCUCAACGGAGCUGACCCCUUCCGAAGAGAUCGCAAGGGCAAGCUUCCCCAAGACUACACCAAAGAUGACCGUACCCGUGCCAUCUUGAAGCGUUCACCAGCUGCCGCUGCUGCGCAAAGAGGAAUUCAAGAAAAAACGAUCCUUGCAGGAGCAGGACCGCAGGCUGGAGCCGCGCCAGAGAGCGGCAUGGGUGCGAAAGAGUCGCGCGAGAUGAAGGGCUACCUCAAAAAGUGGACCAACUACACGAGCGGAUACAAACUGCGCUGGUUCGUUCUGGAGGAUGGAGUGCUAAGCUACUACAAGCAUCAAGACGACACGGGCACUGCCUGUCGUGGCGCCAUUAAUAUGCGCAUAGCAAAGCUCUACAUGGAUCCGCAGGACAAGCAACGUUUUGAAAUUCAAGGCAAAUCGUCCGUCAAAUACCAUCUCAAGGCCAACCAUCAGGUUGAGGCUAAAAGAUGGUACUGGGCACUAAACAAUGCAAUCCAGUGGUCCAAGGAUGAAGCACGUGAAGAGACGAAGCGCACACAGCACGAUCAGGAAGCAUUGAAACAAGCCAAGAUAGAGCAACUUUCCAAGGAGGGCGACAGCUCUAGCCUCGCUAGCUCCAAGAUCACAAGCUCGCGUCACCUAGCCCCUACGACAUCUCUGGGAGUGCCUUUGACCACCCAGGAUACGGCAUCGCGUUCAGGUCAGAGCGUGAUUGAAGAUGGGCCAGAGAGCGCCUAUGACCCCAGCGUCGGUGGCAACGAGCUCGGCAAGAUGGUUAGUCAUGUUGGCACCGCCACUGUGGAGGGUGACGCCGACGACGAUGAAGAGUAUGGCGACGACACGAGCAGCCACGAAGUCCGACCCCAGAACAAGGAUGCUUUCAACAUCACCGCACAGUCCGCGAAGCUUCAACUCGACCUUCUUGAACAUGUAUCCACCGCGCUACAACAAGAGAAGACGAAGAAUCCGACGCUGCAGAUCUCAGAUCCGAUGAUGCUACAAGCACUUUCCUCGUACGAGUCAGCAGUGGGUAAUCUGAAAGGACUGGUAGGCGACUUACUCCGCAUAUCGCGUGACCGCGAUGCGUACUGGCAAUACCGACUGGACCGGGAAGCCAACGUGCGCCGAAUGUGGGAAGAGAGUAUGGCUAAGGUCGCCCGCGAGCAGGAAGAGCUCGAGAACCGUAUAGGUGAAUCCGAAACCAAGCGACGAAAGACUAAGCGAGCUCUGCGAGAGGCCUUGGAAGAUUACCAGGUUGGCGGCGAAAAGAGGUUAUCCAAAGGUUCGGAUGACUUCGUAGAAGCCGAAGAGGACCUGGCAGCAUUGAAGUCGAAGCCGAGCUCGCAAGCGUUGAAGAGAAAAGCUACUCUUGCUAAUAUCGCUGCGGACAUGUCUGAGUCUGAUUCAGAAGACGAUGAGGAGUUCUUCGAUGCUGUAGGCGCUGGUGAAGUGGAGGUCGUCGAGAUGCCCGUUGAAACGCAUAAUGGUGCAAUGGAGGAAGCGCCUCCUGCCUAUAGUGGUGAUGUAUUCGAUAGCAAGCAUGCAGAUGUUGCGAAGGGCUUCGUUGGAUACGAAGGUGGUGUGCGCAAGAAGCUAAAUAUGGACGACGAUAACAGACCAAAGAUAUCGCUCUGGGGCAUUCUCAAAUCCAUGAUUGGAAAAGACAUGACCAAAAUGACGCUUCCGGUUUCUUUCAAUGAGCCAACGUCUCUCCUGCAACGUGUUGCAGAAGACAUGGAGUAUACUGACCUCAUUGACACCGCCGCCGAACGCACCGACUCCACCGAGCGCCUGCUUUAUGUAGCCGCAUUUGCAGCUUCGGAAUAUGCCUCGACUAUUGGCCGUGUCGCCAAGCCAUUCAAUCCUCUCCUUGGUGAGACAUACGAAUACGCGAGACCUGAUAAGGGCUACCGUUUCUUCAUUGAACAGGUCAGCCAUCAUCCUCCUGUUGGUGCUGCUUACGCAGAAUCGAAGAAGUGGGACUACUAUGGCGAGUCAGCGGUGAAGUCGAAAUUCUACGGCCGUUCGUUCGACAUCAAUCCGCUCGGAACCUGGUUCUUGCGCCUGCGGCCGACCGCUACGGGCGGCAAAGAGGAGUUGUACACUUGGAAGAAAGUUACUUCUUCUGUCAUCGGCAUCAUCACUGGUAAUCCUACUGUCGACAACUAUGGUCUUAUGGAAAUCAAGAACCAUACCACCGGCGAAGUGUGCCAGCUUGACUUCAAGCCUCGCGGCUGGAAGGCCUCCUCCGCAUACCAGGUCAUCGGAAAGGUGCUAGACGCGGAGGGCAGAGUACGCUGGAGCGUAGGUGGCCGCUGGAAUGACAAGAUAUACGCGCGCUUCACGCCCGGCUUCGAAGAUGCAGACAUCGACAAGGGUGGCUCGAAACACGCAAAGCACGACGACAAUAAAGCCUUCCUUGUGUGGCAGGCGCAUGCGCGCCCCACAGGUAUUCCAUUCAACCUCACGCCGUUCGUAGUAACGCUCAAUGCCGUCGACGACAAACUCCGCCCCGUUCUCGCGCCAACAGACACCCGUCUGCGACCCGACCAGCGCGCCAUGGAGGACGGCGAGUAUGACCUCGCAGCUACGGAGAAGAAUAGGGUCGAAGAGAAGCAGCGCGCGACGCGCAGGAAGCGCGACGCGCAUGGCGAAGAGUUUGUGCCCAAGUGGUUCUCCAAGGGCAAGUGCGACAUCACGGGGGAGGAGUUCUGGGAGUUCAACCAUAACUACUGGAAUACGCGGUACGAGGUUGCGCAGAAGACCACAAAGUGGGAGGAGCACGGGCUCGAGGAUAUCUUCUGAGAUGCAUAAGCAAGUAUGUGUUGAUGUUGUUCACGAUUGAUCUGAGCUUGACGGCCUGGGGAGAGCUUGUGUACUUGAUGGAGAUGGAUAUACUGAUUUGAUUGGGAUUGCUUUGUAAUCUUAGCGUAUGCGUAAUGUGGUGGACUGCUCUCUUGCAAAUUGAAUAGUUCGCGAAGCUGUUUUGCUGGGCGCCGACUAUCCAAGAUCUGUUCAAGGGUAAAUAUAAACAAAGCCUGGUAUCCCAUCCACGGCUCCGAGCAGAAACGUGUUCUGUAACGGCACAGAAGCAGAAUCGCAGUUCAAGCACAAGCUGAGCGUGCGCCCUACGCG